AUGUCCUCUCUGGUGCACUCAGCCAACCCCCGCUGUUGUAAUGUAAAGCUGGUACCAACCUGGUGUACGACUGUCCAGAACACGUAAAAAAGGACCCGGUUUGCAUACAUCGGUGUAUCCAUCUUGAGUAUUUUCUGCGUCGGUGAGGUUCCGGUGCCAAAUUACGCAUGGAAUGGUUUUGGGGGGAUUGGAGUAGAAAUGCAGCGCCGCACUUCCAGCCCACAACAAGAACCAUGCCCAGCUUACAUUGCAAGCAAAUCUAUGACAUCCUGUUUUAUCCCUUACGACUUUGAUAUGAGUGAAAUUUGCUCGGAUACCGACGAGGAAUAAAGAAAACCCACCAUACAAGCUCAAGGACGCUGUUUUCGCUGCAGACGCUUGUGUACCGAAAACCUCUGCAUUUAGGAUUUUUUUGAUGGAGCUGGAGAACAUAGUAGCCAACACUGUACUGCUGAAAGCGAGAGAGGGUGGAGGAGGAAAGCGGAAAGGAAGGAGCAAAAAAUGGAAGGAGAUUCUUCGCUUCCCACAUAUAAGCCAGUGCACUGAGUUGGGCAACAACAUUGAGAGGGACUAUGUCAGCAUCUGUGAGAAACAACCUAUUGGACGGCUUCUGUUCCGUCUUUACUGUGAGACCAGACCUAAACUACAACGAUGCAUCCAGCUACUGGACGCAAUGGAAGACUAUGAGGUGACACCUGAUGAAAAAAGGAAAAGCAGGGGGGACCAGAUCAUCAAGACGUUUCUUGCUAAACAAUCGCCUCAGCGUGUAGACAUAGCAGAGGUCUUUGCAGAUCAGUGCAGAGAAAACCUGGAGCUCAGUCCAUGUAAGGAGAUCUUCAGCAACUGCCGCAAGGCCGUCCACGACUACCUGAGUGGUGCUCCUUUUUCCGACUACCAGAACAGCAUGUACUUCGACCGUUUCCUGCAGUGGAAGAUGCUGGAAAGGCAACCAAUCACUAAAGACACGUUCAGACAGUACCGAGUGCUCGGGAAGGGGGGGUUCGGAGAGGUGUGCGCCUGUCAGGUUAGAGCGACAGGGAAGAUGUACGCCUGCAAAAAACUGGAGAAGAAGAGGAUCAAGAAGAGGAAAGGAGAAUCGAUGGCUCUCAAUGAGAAGCAGAUUCUAGAGAAAGUCAACAGUAGAUUUGUUGUGAGCUUAGCGUAUGCCUACGAGACCAAAGACGCUCUGUGUCUGGUGCUGACGAUUAUGAACGGUGGAGACCUGAAGUUUCAUAUCUACAACAUGGGAACGCCUGGCUUUGAGAAGGACAGGGUCCAGUUUUAUGCUGCUCAGAUCUGCUGUGGCCUCGAGCAUCUGCACAGGGAAUCCAUCGUCUACAGAGAUUUGAAACCAGAGAACAUCCUAUUAGAUGACAAUGGACAUAUUCGUAUUUCUGACCUGGGGCUGGCCAUCAAAGUGCCUGAAGGAGAACUCAUCAGAGGCAGGGUGGGGACAGUUGGCUACAUGGCCCCGGAGGUGAUAAACAAUGAAAAGUACGGAAUGAGUCCUGAUUGGUGGGGCCUGGGCUGCCUCGUUUACGAAAUGACGGCCGGACGAUCCCCAUUCCGUGCGCGCAAAGAAAGGGUGAAACGGGAGGAAGUGGAGAGGAGGGUGCAGGAGGAAGAGGAGGAGUACAAUGACAAGUUUACAGAGGACACAAAGGCCAUCUGUAGAAUGCUGCUGACCAAAGACCCUAAGCAGAGGCUGGGGUGCCAGGCGGAUGGGGCAGCAGGCGUCAAGGCCCACUCAUUCUUCAAAAAUAUCAACUUCAAGAGGCUGGAGGCCGGGAUAGUGGAGCCUCCAUUUGUGCCUGAUCCUCGGGCAGUGUACUGUAAGGACGUUUUGGACAUAGAGCAGUUCUCCACAGUUAAGGGAGUAAAUUUGGACCAAACUGACAAUGACUUCUACUCCAAAUUUGCUACAGGCAGUGUUUCCAUCCCAUGGCAGAAUGAGAUGAUAGAGACUGAGUGUUUCAGAGAUUUGAAUGUGUUUGGACCUCAAGGAACACGACCUCCUGAUCUGGACUGGAAUCAACCACCAGAGCCUCCCAGACGCAGCCUCCUGGACCGAAUCUUCAGGAGGCAUCACCCAGAGGUGUCUAUUUCCCACAGCCGAGUGCAGUCUUCCAGUGUAAACUCUGUGGACUCCAUGUCCAACUCUGCCCCCUAGUGGCACGGCAACAGUGUGGGCAUCACACACACACACACAAAGGGAAGGAGCUCCGGGGGCUUCCCUGUUGCUGACGGGUUCACAGCUGGGCCUGAGCAGCAGCCGGAGACUGCCUGUAAAGCCUAAUGGUCAUCCCAGGGGGGGAGGGGGGUGACCAGGCCCUUAGACCCCGGGCAUUUGUUGUGGGAUGGUCAUUGUUGCAGAGACGUUUGAAAAUAUUUGGACAAACUUUACUUACCCUCAGGAUUGUUGGACUAUAGAACAGAGCCACUGACGAAACAGAAAAGGAUAGAAACAAGCUAAUAUUCAGGGGAUCCACUGUAUAAUAAAGACCACCACAGGGAAUAGAAGAUGGGGUCUUGGUGAAUUUUUCUUUUUAUUUCCAGAAAAAAGAGUUUUUCUUUUUCUCUCAUUGCCAGUCCUUUAACUUUCUGGCCUGUAUCUGUACCAGUAUCUUUCCACCUAUCUAUCCCGAACGUCCCCUCCGAGUGUCACCAUCUGUACAACUGUUUUACUAUAACUUAUUCUUUGGAUUUCCACCUCCCAUACCUCAGAUCACUCCUAAACAUUCAGAACACAUCACCUCAGCAACCUCAACACAUAAUGUACAUUGCCUUGCAUACACUCAGGCCAAAGAUUAUGGUUUAGUUUUGUGAUACUGUUGUCAUGUUGAUUUAUUAGUUUUUGAAGGUUUUUAGCGUCAUUGAGAACCACCACGGGUCAGACCAUGGGAAUCCUGACCUGUUUUGUACACAUUCUCUAAAUAUGAGCCUGCAGACAUAUCAUAUUGCUUAAAGCACACAUACAGUACAUACAUACACGAUCAGACAGACGUUAACGCACACACUGACAGAAUUGUGAGAAUUGUGUUGUGUUUUCAUUGCAUGGACAAGUGUAAGUAUGGACAGCUGUAUCCCUUUUGCUUCUGCAUACCUCAUUCCACUGAUGUUAGCAUUGUAUACCGUACAACACAGACGUCUCCCUCGGUUUACCGUGUCACUUUAUAUUUGACAUUACGUGAAGUUUGGAAUUAAUAUGCUGUACAGAAAUCUAUUCUUUUCUUUCUGAACUUUCUGCACAGUCAGUCCCCAUGGAGUGGAGAGGAACACAUGCACUCAGCCUGACUUACAAGUUGCACAAUUUAAAACAAUGUCUUGCUGUUUAUUCACCAAAUGGAAAUGUUUUUACAGUGGAAAUGUUUUACCUCUGAUCAUUAAGGCACAUUGUUGUAUUGAUAUUGUCACAAGCCGCUUGUUUUCUACAGUUUCUUUAAAGCUUUGAAAACUAAAGUGUUCUUGCUCUCCCUAUGCCUUCUCCAUUUACGAAAGGUUGCUGCAUUGCCAUUGUUGUCAGGUUUUUUAUAUUUCGCGCUUUUACAUCUGCUCUUUUUAAUGUUUAAUCUUCAAAAUGCCUCACCGAUCUAAAGGGUCUUCCUCUUGUUCAGCGUCCAUCGAAGACACAGGGUAUACAACAGCUGCAUGAAAGGUUUAUCAAAGCUGAAUAAUGUUUUUUUUGUUGUUGUUUUUAUUGUUUUUUUUCCCAACUGGUCCAUUCUUGGUAGAGGAGGAGAGGAAGACACCAGAGGAACCUGCACCACGCAAAGUGGCCUUCUGGCAGCAGCACAGCCAACUAAACAGGAGGAAGAGCUCAGCCUCUUCCUCGGCUUAUUUUAAGAAUGUGGUUUUUUUCUUAUUUAAAGUAUUGAUAACUGGUCCAUGCAGUAAUUUAAUCACUCUUACCAAUCUCAUGCAAGCCUGUUUUUUUUUUUUUUCUUCUUUUCUUCUCUCUCUGUGUACUUGAUAUAUAUUUUAAAAAAUCUGAAUCAGACUGAAGUGCCUCCUUGUUAGCAUGAUCUCGAAGACAAUGCCCACAGACAUCAGCACUUUGUUUAUUCUCUGACUGUCAUGCUCUGUUUGUUUCGCUGGGAAACACAUCAACACAGACACACAAGACUCACAGUUUGUUAGUAGUAAAGGGAAGUGGUAGAGAGGAUGAUGGGAGGAGGAAGUAGAUGAGGGAAUUUGGUUUUCCUUCUUAAUGUGAUGUACAGAAAAGUGCUGAGUGCAUGUGAAAGCCAAAUCCACUGUGUCCUUCAAGUCCCAAUAAACUCUGUGCUAUAGUUUCAAUA